AUGACAUUGGAGCCGGACAGACGCAGCAUUGGCCACCAUGGCUACCCGCUGGCAAGGGCGCCUGCGCCAAAGCUGGCUCGCUUAGGGGGAGCCCUGCACCUUCAAGCAUCCUCUCAGUUCACAGACACGGCGGCUGCCGCCGGCCUGCGCGCAUUGGAAAAGCGAGUCGAGGCGGUGCCGGUGGCAGUGUACGAGUUUCUGCAGGCCGGGGGCGUUCCUGCUGCGGUCACAAUAAUCACCAGCGAGCCGGUGCACGAGGAGCUGAGAGAUGCGGCGGUCAGCUUGCUGAUCGCUGUCUCGCGCAAGCAGCCGCAGGCCAUGUCCCUUGCGUUUGUGGAGGCGAAGGGAAUGGAGGCGGUGGCGCAUCUGCUGGGCCGGGGGGUGCAGCUGAGGGCGGGAACGCUGACGCAGACGGGCGCCGCCACCGUGGCGGAAGCUGCGCGGCUGCUGGAAGCUGCGCUCGAAGCCGGCGGGCAGCCGGCCGCGCGCGCAUUCGCUGACGCAGGUGGCUUCUCUGGUCUGCGCAUGGGCCUCGCCUGUGCGCAGCUCGGCGGGCAGCAUGGGCUGGAGGUGGCUGAGAGGGCGCUGGGGUUGCUGCAUCGCCUGGUGUGGACAGGCAACAACAGGGGCCACGCUGUGCACGCUGCGCUCUGCGGCGCAGCAUGCUCAGCGCGCGCACACCAGCCUGUUCUGGCGCUCGUGUAUGCAGCUCCCCACAUCCCCGCCGCCGCCAGGGGCAUGGAGAUUUUGAGGGCGCUGGCGGCGGCCAGUUCCACAUGCAUGCGCGCGCUGCUACAGUCCAACUGCGUCGACACCUGCCUCACAGCCCUCGAUCGCGCGGAUUCGAAUUCGAAGAUCGCUCGCACCACCGCCCUUCUGCUGCAUGACGCCCUCGGCGGAGACCCCACUUGCAGGGGAGACAUUUUGGCCAAGGGCGGUGUGACAACCUUUCUGAAUGUGCUGAUGCGCGUCGGCAUUGAGGAUGCGCCAAUCGCUGAUGUCAUCAACGGCCUGCUGAGCUCGCUUGCUGAGGGGUCUGCUGACAUCACACACCAGGAGGGGAAGCAAGUGCUGCACUGGGCAGCCCAGUAUGGGGAGGUGCAAAUAUUGGACAAGGUCUUGCUCGAGCGGCCAAACCUGCAGGCUGUUGACGGCCGCGGCAACUCGGCACUCCACCUUGCGGCAGCUGCCGGCCAAACGGACGCGGUAAAACUGCUGCUGGAGGCCGGGGCCGAUGCGCUGGCGUGCAAUUUUGCGGGGGACCAGCCGCUGGCGGCGGCGGUGGGGGGGUCCCCCACGUGGGCCUUACUAAGUGCUGAGCUGGACUGGCGCGCAUGCCUCGAGCAGCCGCGGCCCUGCCACUAUACAGCCGCUGCAGGCAAGAAGAGCAGCGGGGGCAAGGUUGAGUGUCACGUGUGGCGCUUAGUCAUCCAGGCUGACUCACCGCCCGGUCAGCGCGCGCCUGAUCUGGAGCAGGCACUUCGCACACUGCUGCGCCGCUGCUACCCUGCCGCUGUCAGCUGCCAGACGGGGACGCCCAGCGCAGGAGAGGCGCCCGGAACAGCUGACACGGACGUGCAAGCAUCAGCUCAGGAAAUUCCAGCGGUGGACGCUGCUUCUGCCACCCGUCCUCGCAGCACGCUGGAUGCGAAUCUGCAGAGUGCCGCCUCCAGUGCCGUAGAGCAGGCCUCUCAGCGGGAGCAGCAACAAUCGCAGCACUUGAGUGUUGCAGCUCCCCAGCCGAGCGAGACAUUGCUUCCUGACAGCAUAGAAGCAUCCGCACCCAGCCCUGGAGAAGGGUAUGCCAGCAGCCAGCAUGGGAGUGACCAGCGCAGGUCCAGCAUGCAACAGCUUCCUGCAGGAGCCCCUGAGAGGACUAAAGCGCAGGGAGAGACUAGCGCUGCAGUAUCAGGGGUUGAAAUGCCAAAGCCGGCAGGCAAGAAGCCGGCGGCGGCGCAGUCCGGUCAGCGUCCGGUGGAAGCUGACUCAGCGGUGACUCAGCGCCGGCCAAGUAGCGCGCUGGAGAUCGCGCGGCGGCUGCGGCGCGCGCCGGCUGCCAAGGGCAGAUCAGGCCCGGCCAAAUCUGGCGCCUUUGGAAGUGGCACAUAUGCCAAGUCUGACUCGCCUGAUUUUAGCAUCAAUGCCAGCUCAGCGAGAGAAGAGUCAGGCUCGGUGGGCGGGUGUGGCAGUGAGAGGGCAGGCGAUAAUGGUUCGAAGCAGCCGCAAUCAGUCCCCAAAAGAGAUGCAUCCGUCCAGCAGAGGGAAUUGUCAUCUGGCAGAGGUGGCGAGGAAUUCUCAAGCAAGUCAGAAGCCCACAUUAUCCAGGUCAAUGCUGCAGCUGUGGCAACUUGUUCUCAAGAGGAGCAAAAGGAGGCCGCCGAGGGCGCAGACUCAGCAGGGCAGCCGUCACAGAUGGAGGCGAGUUCCAAGUUUGGCGGAAGCAAUGGAACGCCGUCGGACGAAACGCUGCAGAAGGGGAGAGCGCAGACCGGGGCUGCGGCAAGGACGCCACCUGUGAUGUCAUACCUCCCUCUGGAAGAGAGCCGGCAGAAGGGGAGCCGCCCGAAGGCACCCCCACCGCCGCCACCGCCGCCACCGCUACGGUCCUACGGGCGCGCGGCGGUCGUGGAUGCAUGCGCGACGGCUGUGGCCGUGCGCGCGGGUGACGAUCUGCGCCGGCAGCAGGCGACGCUCGGCCGGGGGAACUUGUAUGCGCCAACGGCCCAAUCUGUUGCAGACAAGGUGCGCGAGCUGGAGCUGCAGAUUGGUCUCGUGCAGCAGCUGAACAGCCAGGGCCUGCGCAAAGACGAGUUCUCAGCAGCAGCAGAGCCAUCCGAUAAUGUUGCCAGGACAGGCAAUGCUCCAGGCCCCGCGCUGCCGCCGGGAGGUCCGGCCCGAGCGGUGGCCGGCAGCGGGGGACCGCUGACGCCAGAAGAGGCAACGGCAUCAGCCGCAGAUACAGAUGAUGACAAAUUGGUGACUCAGCCGCCGGGUGACUCAACUGCUGGGGAGGAAUCGGCGCGCAGAGCUCGGCCGCAUGUGAACGCUCUGAGAGACAGCAGUGCAUUAUCAGCAGCGGUAUCUGUGCCGGCUGAUGGCGCUUCCUUGGACGGAGCGGCUAGGGCAGGGCUUGCCCCAAUUGAUGCAAGUGCAGGCGUCACUGCUAUGCAGCAGCCGCUGGCUUCGGAGGUCCUCAGUGCAGCCGCAAGCGCCGCAUCGGAGCAGGCUGCAGCUUGGGAAGCCGUGCGGCGGAAGCAUGCAAAGAAGGCUCUCUCCGACAGGCCGCGGAUGCCAGCAGCUGAAGCAGUGUCACCAAGCUACCCGGCAGCCGUCACUGAAGACAGAAAUAAGGGCGCAGAGUCAAAGGAGGGGCCUCGGGAGCGUGAAGCACCACCGCCGCCGACCCCGCCGCAGCCGCCGGUGAAGCGAAAGCCGUAUUCCUACGGGCCACGGUCCCCCAGCACCAAUGCAUCAGCCCUCCAAGCGCCCCGCGACGGGCUUGGCAGCACGGGAAGCUUGGAGCAAGGUGAUCCAGCUGCAGCUCAGGCAAGCGAUGAGGCAUCAACAGAGCAGCUGGGCCGGUCAGGCGGCACGCGCGCGCCAUCCGGCGUCAUAUAUGUCAGCAGAGAAUUGCAUCACAGCCCCCGGGAGGCCGCCGGUGCAGGGGGCGCGAAACCCCGCAGGAGGGUUUUUUCCUACGGUCCCAGGUUGGCCGCCUCCCCAAGCGAGACACCGGAUGACAGCAGCACUGCCGAGGAUAUUUCAAGCAGCGCUAUUGGCUUGACAGAAGCCGAGAUAUCAUCGUCUGAUGUGGGGCGAGCAGAGGCCGCAGUAGUGCUGAGUCAGCGCUCUGCGCCGGUCCGUAAGGUGUUGCGUACGGGCUGA